AUGUCAGAUCAUGAUAAAGGAAAUCAUAGCUUGUUAAAAGCUGAAACCGUAGCACCACCAGCGAAGAAAUGCACAAUAGAUGCAUCAGCAUCUGACACGAUGAAAGCUACAACGCCACAGUCACGAUCAUCACCAAAGAAGCCUGAGAUACCAACACGAGAAUUGUCAAAGUUAGCAGUAAAACAUCCAUCGACAGACGAUGCUUUUGGAAUAUCAUCAAAGAAUUUGAAGCACAUAUCAGAAAUCAUCUUCAAUAAGCCUCGAUCACUAGAUGCAGCUUCAGGUGUUCCGAAUGAAGAGAACAUAGAUACGAAUCAUCAUAAUCAGAAUGAAACAGAAAAAGUGAAGAUGACAUCACCAAAAGAAAAAAAAGAAACAGAAAUAUGUACUAUAUGUUUGGAUGAUUGUACUGAACCAAAAGAACUUGAUAGAUGUGGUCAUGUGUUUUGUUCUACUUGUAUUGAUCAAUAUUUUCAAUCAGUUAAGCCUCAAUGUCCAUGUUGUUUUACUAUCUAUGGUGAAAUUCGAGGAAAUCAACCAGACAACGGCACAAUGAAAAUUAAUAUCGUGAAGCGUCGUUUGCCAGGAUUUGAACAUGAUUCAUACGCUACUAUUGAAAUCACUUAUCACUUUCCUGAUGGUACACAGAAUGAGAAACAUCCAAAUCCAGGUAUGCCGUAUUAUGGAACAACUCGUGUUGCUUAUUUACCUGACAAUUCUGAUGGCCGUCGUAUACUUAAAUUGUUGAAGAAAGCUUUUGAACUUCGUCAAAUAUUUACUGUGGGUCAAUCGCGAACAACAGGCCGUGAGAAUGUUCUUACUUGGAAUGAUAUUCAUCAUAAAACAAGUUUUGCCGGAGGAAUGGAACGGUAA